CGAGCUCUCAUUUAAUCCACAUUUCCACCACUCAUCCCUCCACUCCACAAAUCAAUUAUACUAGCUACUUCAUUUUCUAGCUCGAUCAUCAUGGGAGGUCAGAAACCUGCAUGGUUGGAGGCUCUCUACCUGCAGAAAUUCUUCGCUCCGUGCUCGAUUCACGACGCUGCCAAGAAGAAUGAGAAGAAUAUAUGCUGCUUGGAUUGCUGCACCAGCAUCUGCCCUCACUGUGUCCUCUCCCAUCGCUCCCACCGCCUCCUGCAGAUUCGUCGCUAUGUAUACCACGAGGUGGUCCGCUUGGAGGAUCUCGAGAAGCUCAUGGACUGCUCCAACAUCCAGGCGUAUACGAUCAACGCUGCGAAGGUGUUGUUUAUAAAGAAGAGACCUCAAAAUCGGCAGUUCAAAGGGUCUGGAAAUUACUGCACAUCUUGUGAUAGGAGUCUUCAAGAACCCUUCAUCCAUUGCUCUCUUGGUUGCAAGGUGGAGUUUGUGCUGAAGCACUACUAUGAUCUAUCCCCAUUCUUGAGAAUUUGCAAGACUCUCCAACUUGGUCCGGACUUCUUCAUCCCACAAGACAUCGGGGACGACGAGAUGACCAACGAGACACCUCGUUCCAUAGUGGUGGAUAGCAGCGACGAGCCCCUGAGCUCGGGCUCAUCAGGGUCCGACAACAUGAGCUUCUCGUGCACCGGGUUUGUGAGGAAGAAGAGGAGUGGGCUCUAUGUGUGUGGGAGAUUAGCUAAUAAGAUCACAGAAGAGGACAUGGCCACUAGCAUGAGUAGAAGGAAAGGAGUUCCGCAUAGGUCACCUUUGUGUUAG